ACAGUGCUGAAGCCCUUCCUACCUGCUGUUGUUAAAUAUCUCAUAUUUCCCUCCCCCCGAGUUUCUUAUUCAUUCAAAUAAUUUCACUAGGGUUGCAAAAGAAAACACUUUACAGAUACCAAAUUCACAAUUUAUGGUUGCCCUUCCACUCAUACUUAGCAAUACUGUGUAGCUGAUUUUUGAUUGAGGCAGAGAGCCUGGGGAAAAUAAAAGUUUGUGUAAAUGCACAUGUUGUAGUUCCUAGGUAUCAGGCAGUUGAACGUGAUAUUUUUUUCACUUUUGAGGGCUGGAAUUUACAACUUAAACAAUUUUCUAUAAUUAUAGAAUUUGAUAUAUAGUUUUGUAUUCUUAAUUGAAAAAGUCCAAGUGAUUUCUGUAGUAUUUCCCAGAGUCCAGUGAGGUGAACACUACUGGUCUAAAGUAUUAUAGCAAAAAAAUCAGGGGGCAUGUAAGCCACAUGUUUGUGAGAACAUUACUGGAGGAAAAUUGCAGCUGCAUGGUGAGACUAUGUUUUUUUUGUGCUGUCUUUCUUCUUUAAAUAUUUCCUUGCUUUCCUUUGAAAGCAGGGCCUUCUGUCUGGUGUCAGUCCUUAGAGGGAACAGGGAUUUUCUUCCCCUUUUAGAAGUUUCUGCUCCCUGUGUAGCAGUUGCAGAGUGACAAAAUGAUUGCUCUUAAGAGCUAAAUUAUCAUGGAGUGCUAAAAUAUUGCUAUCUUAAAUCUCUCUUGUAUAUUUUAAUUCCAGGAUAUGGAAAAGUCUGGGAAAGAUGCUAACAAGGAGUUGAAAAUCACCAGUAAAGUUAUUUAUGAGAAGAUAUAGCAACAGUAGUUCCCUUCAGUACAUAGGCAGGAGAUUGUGGAUUGCAGAGGAUAAAAACAGAAUUGAAGUAUAUUUUAUGUUAGGAUGUCACUUCAUCUUCAAAAAAAGAUAACUGCUCAGGUUUGUGUCCCUGACUCAGGAACAUUUUCGUCACAUAUUUGUUAUUUUGCAUUUUUAUCCAUCAUCAUUAAACGUGAAACUUUUAGACAGCUCUACGCACAUGGUGGUGAGCAGUUACUGAACUUCUGGAGAAAACAGUGACCACAGUCAAAGCCAUUAUCCCAUUUGAACAAGACUGUUCCUCUAAGAGAGGGGGUUCUGUACCUUUUAAGCCUCCCACAUGACUUCUCACUCAGAGCUGACAUAAUUUAUUCUCUUGAUUAUAGGUUUAGAAAAAAAUUGUUUCAGAGUAGAAAACUCAGCCUGAUCACAGACACUCAACAAGAGGAGCAUGAAAUAAACUUUUAAGAUUGGAAAUGCUUGAAGGAAACCCACAGCCUGUCUUCCUCUCCAGGGACUGGUUUUCCUGCUGCACACUUUGAGAUGCAGCCAGUCUGGCUGUUCCCAGCCUCUUCCAAAGGAGUAGGAAUAACUCAGGGUCUUGCCUCUUCUGUCCCAAUUUGCCAUUUAGAGACUCCUGGUGGGGAUUUCAAGGUCUGUGUGCAAAUUCAGGGAUACUAGAACACACAUAUUGGUGCUUUACCAGCUCCUGCUUGAGGGAAUAUAUUAGAGAUAAGCCCUGAGGGAUGUGAUUUCUGUACACACCAUCUCCCUGUUUCUGGCUGCAGCUGGGAGAAUGGAGCUCUGACAGUGCUAUAGGGAAUUCUUGGCUUCUCACAUGGUGUGGGACAGACUGAAAAAAACUACGUAGUUAUCUGGGUGCCCCUCUCUUCUUUGGUAGCCAGCUUCUGAUUUUCUUGGAAGUUGCAGGUGCAAAGGAGCAGGGGCAGAGCUACCCAGUGAGAAAUGUUUUGGACACACAAUUGUGGAAUUGAGGCAUGAAAGAGCUGAUGGACCAGUGUUUAGAAAGAAGUCAUGUGAGCUUCCGAGCUGCAGGGACAGAGACAGUGGAGAACGUGUGCAUCAGUGCAGAGUGCUGCUGGAGCCCUGGCAGAGCGAGAGGGAGGCAGAGGGAGCCUGAGACAGAAAAGGCGAAGUGGUGGGAGCUGGAACAGCAGCAACUGCUGCUGCUACACGGUGCAGCUGGUGCCCGGGAACCGGUUCUGCUGCCAGCACGCCUCUCCGAGGGCGCAGGUGCCUCACAUUCAAAAGUCCUAGGUGGUCAGUGGCAUUUCCAGGAGCCAAGCACAGCUGCUUUAUUCUUUUCUUUUCCUGCAAAGAGCACCUGUUUGAGGACUCCGCUUCUUUUCCUGGACUGAAAGAGCAUACUUGCCUCCUGCUGUGUGCACCCUCCUCCUGGUCUCCCUCCUGCCUGUGGGGACUGUACCCCUAUGGAUGCCCCCAUACAGAUUUUCCGUGAGGAGCCAGACUCCACCUGCUCCCCAGGGCCCUGCCGACCCCCCAGCACCAGCAGCAGCUGGCUCCCAGGCUGGGCAGACUAUGACAGCAAUGCCACUGGGGCCUUUGGGGAUGGCCAGCACAACCACACCAGCAUCUCCCCUGCCAUUCCCAUCAUCAUCACUGCUGUCUACUCUGUAGUCUUCGUUGUCGGCUUGGUGGGAAACUCCCUGGUCAUGUUUGUCAUCAUAAGGUACACGAAGAUGAAGACAGCGACCAACAUCUAUAUCUUCAACCUGGCUAUGGCAGAUGCACUUGUCACCACGACCAUGCCUUUCCAAAGCACCGAGUACCUGAUGAACUCCUGGCCCUUUGGUGAUGUGCUGUGUAAAGUAGUGAUCUCUAUUGACUACUAUAACAUGUUUACCAGCAUCUUCACACUCACCAUGAUGAGUGUCGAUCGAUACAUUGCCGUGUGUCACCCUGUGAAGGCUCUGGACUUCCGUACACCUCUCAAAGCAAAGAUAAUCAAUAUCUGUAUCUGGCUGCUGUCCUCAUCUGUUGGUAUAUCAGCAAUAGUUCUUGGAGGUACCAAAGUCAGGGAAGAUACUGCUAGCACUGAAUGCUCCUUGCAGUUUCCAGACAGAGAUUAUGUGUGGUGGGACAUCUUCAUGAAAAUCUGUGUCUUUGUCUUUGCAUUUGUUAUCCCAGUUCUCAUUAUAAUUGUUUGCUAUACUCUGAUGAUUCUGCGCCUGAAAAGCGUACGGCUUCUCUCAGGGUCUCGAGAAAAAGAUCGAAACCUGCGUCGCAUCACCAGGUUGGUUCUUGUGGUUGUGGCAGUUUUUAUUGUCUGCUGGACUCCUAUCCACAUUUUUGUGCUGGUUGAAGCCUUAGGGGACGUGUCCCACAGUACUGCUGCCAUAUCCAGCUAUUACUUCUGCAUUGCUUUGGGUUACACCAACAGCAGCCUCAAUCCAAUCCUUUAUGCAUUUUUGGAUGAAAACUUCAAGAGAUGCUUCAAGGACUUCUGCUUCCCCUUCAAGAUGAGGAUGGAGAGGCAGAGCACCAGCAGAGUCACAAACACUGUGCAAGACCCAGCUUAUAUGAGGGAGGCAGGUGGGGCAAACAAACCUGUAUGACUAGUCGUGGAAAUGUCAUCUUACUGUCCUCAGGAGAGAGAGGAGUCCAAUGACCUAGGACUGACGCAGAUUACCACUGCAGUUUGAACUCAACUCACCCAAACAGACAUUUCUGGAAUAUUUCAGAAAUCCCAGCAGUUUGGACUAAAGCAAGUUUAUUAUCGAUAAACGAGACCCUACUGAAAAUAAGCUCAAAUGAAAAGGACCUGGAUGGUGGUCAGGUUUUGGCACUGUGUUUGUUGUAAUUGAGCCAGCACUAAAACAUGCUUUUGCAGAGCACCACCAGGUGAUUCUGGAUAAGAAUAGUUCUGGCUCUUCUUGUUACAAUAUGUAACAUUGUAUUAAGCAACGUUUGGUCAUAAAACUGAGUUAUCCCAGAAACUUCUGCUCCAACAGUGAUUUCCUCUGAAGUAUGGAGUUUGACAACUUGAUCCUCUUUUACAGUGAAGAGUGUUAGGUUUCUGUGAACAAUGACAGAGCUAUAAUCAAUGUUGUCCUCAAUUAAUAUAUCUGUAACCGUUGUCUGUGCUGUGAAAAUCCAAUUUAAGCAUGACCUACCUACACACCAAAGUGAUUUUAUUGUGUCUGUGUAUGGUGAAGCCUUUUGGCAUUCAAAAAAUUUGGAAUUUAAGGAGAAUUGUUAGCACGUUUAAUGACCUGUGUGUAAUGUUUUCAAUGUGUGAUUUUCCAAGGUGAUUGUUUCUAUUUUGAGUCUGAAUAAUAUAAUAUGCAUUUUCAGAGUGUAUAUUGAACAAGAGGCUAGAAAACCUCAAAUGCUUCACUUGUUACAAAAUUGAUGAAAAGUGUGUUACAUUCAUUACAUGGAGGAAACACUCUUAUGUGUAACUUGUUUUCCUGGACAAUUUGUAAGCAGACUGGAAUAAAUAUUUGACAAAUUAGAAACUAGUGAAGUAGCACAUGAACUAACUGGAUUGACACAAAGGAAAUUAAAUAUUAGUGGAUGCUUUAAUGGCUUUUGACUGAAAAAUCUCCUGUUUUAUUGAUGCUGAUACAUUUUCUUUGACACGGUCCUCUGAAUUCAAUAAUUUUUUCUGUUUUGCUGUGAAGAUGGAGGUAUCAAGGCACAGCUAAAUAAACUACUAGCUUGCUGAAGGUAAGUUUAUGGUAAAACUGAGCCUGACUUCCAGUCUGUAGUCUUUUGUCUUCCUGUUGUUUUAUAUUACUACUGCCACUACUUCUGUUGCUGAAAUUCGGAGGAAUGCUCUCAUUAUCUUCACCCUGAACAGAUACACCAUAUAUGUUCUUGUUAAUUUUGCUCUUAAUACGAAAGAAUGAGUAAGGUGGGUGCCUUCAUUUCAUGGCAAAUUUUCUCAGAAACACAAUCUGAUUUGGUCCUAUUAGACCAAAAAUACUUAAUGCACACCAGUAUAAAUAAUGAGUUUUUUCUUGAACUAGCUGACAGUCCAGUUCCUGUGGAAGUGCUGUAGAAAUUCAGCCUUCUGCAGGACUUCCCCCUACUUUGUUGUUAACACAGUCAUGUAUGUCAAAUAUUUUUGAUAUCAGGUUGAUAAAAGCAGUUGUUGAAAUAUUCAAGAUAACUCUUGCUGGACAAAUCUAGCACUUCCUGAUUGUUUCUGUAUGACAAAUGAAAAGCUGACCUCAGAAUGCUUGCUUUACCUGGGGAAAUAAAUGUUGCUCACACAACUGAUGAGUGAGUCUCACCUCCUAGUCUUUCUGUCAUUCCUUCAUCUUUUUUAAUGUGCAUUCUCCUUUCUAAAUUAAGUCCUGACCUUUAAAUGGUCACAAAAAGAGAAUGUUUAAGGUAAAAGUUGAAAAUCCAAGGUAUUUAUCAAGUUAGGAGCAAGUGAAAUGGGAAAGAGCUUGAAUCUAAUGAACUAUUUUCAUUCAAAAUAACCUGUGUUCUUGUUCAUGACUUACCAUUUGCAUAUGUAUAUCUGUGCUUGAAUAGCGUUAUUGUUCUACACAUUAUGUGCAAUGCUCUGCAUUGUAAUGAAAAAUAAAUGUUCUUAAUUUGCAAAAA